AUGCACGCGAUGAUGACACCACGCUUUUCAUGCCAAGGAGUACACCCCGCGAGGAGGACGAGCUUUGUAUCUUCGAUGGUGUUGUUAGGGGUUGAUGAACACUGGACGACGCGGAGUAAUAACAGACGUUCUAUUAGUUCUCAACGGAGGAAAAGAAACGGAAAGAAUGCCAUUUCGAGCAGUAACAGCAGCAGCAAUAACAAUAGCAGCAAUAACGGCGAGGACGACGAUAGAAUAGUCAACGAGGAGGAAGAGCGAUAUAAAAUGGAAACCAAAUCUAGAGCAAACAAACUGAGAGCUAAAGUUAUCAAACAAUAUCUCGGCGCGAUGGGUGAAAAAACGAACGAUUGCUUCGAUAAGGAAGACUUAGUCGAACGGUUGACGCGAGCGUGGAUGGCAAAGAGUCAAAACUCUGUGCGCGUGCCUUUGCGAAGAGUCGCCGGGGUACCCGGAAAUCCGAGAGCGGGCUAUUGUUUGGUCACGCUCAACGUAAAAACCGAGGACGAGGACGGUGAACGGUUUUGCGAUUUUCUCAUCGACAGCGGCGCGACCGUCGCGUUGGUGUCGCCGGAGUUGAGGAAGAUGAUGGGGAAGUUUGCCGAGGACGGCGCCGCGUUGAAAGGGUUAGGGGCGAUGGGGGAAACGAUCCGGCAAAAAGUAGUCAUCAAGAAUCCUUCGUUAGGGGCGGUUGAAAUACCAGAGUUGGACGCUGUGGUUACGGAUUUACGAAGUACCGGGCUACCGCCCGUCGUCGGUGGACUUUUAGGUUUGGAUUUUCUCAAGCGCUUCGAAGUUGAGUUUGAUUUCGAUAAGGAGAUUAUCGCGUUUCACCCAAAAGGGAGCGCGAUUACGGGCGUGUGCGAUGUAUCCGAAUUAAUUAAGAUUAGAUUGAAAACGCACCCUACCGGUUUGCAAUUGGCGCCUAUUUCUUUGAAUAACUGCGCGCCAUUUGACGCGAUUAUUGAUAUGGGCUCGUUGUUUUCCGUGAUUAAUUGGAAAGCGUCGGAAAGAGCUGGUGUGACGAAAGAUUCGCCGGAUUUGGACUCGAGCGGGGUAAUCUCAAAUGACGUGACGGGAGCGCAAAUGGGUCUGGCGAUUGGUAAGUUUAAUUUGAGAGUACUCGGCGAAGGAGGUAAUUCUGAUCUUGCUCACGAUUUAGAAUCGACGUACAAAGGCGCCGCGUGCGUUGGAGACUUACCUGCAUUCGAAACGCUGGGCGCGAAGAACGAACCGUUCGCGACGAUAGAAUCUACCUGA